UCAGGCCUGGGGAGGGAGGUGCCCCCGACCCGCGCCUGCCCCGCGUCUCCGCCAUGGCUCCAUCCCGGGCUGUUCUACCUCGGCUGCUGAGUGCGGGUGCCUGGCCCCGGUCACGCUGGCUUAGUUUCCUCAAGACGACCUCCGGGCUGGCUCCGCCCAGCUCCAGGACACUUAGAGGCGCCGUAGCCGCUGCGGUCAGCGAGGCUGAAGACAGAGAGGUCGGUGACAAGAUUCUGAAUGAGCCCCUUAAGCACUCAGACUUCUUCCGAGUGAAGGAACUGUUUUCUGUCAGAAGUCUCUUCGAUGCCCGAGUACACCUGGGACACAAAGCUGGCUGUCGGCACAGAUUUAUGGAGCCAUAUAUUUUUGGGAGCCGCCUCGACCAGGACAUUAUUGACCUGGAGCAGACAGCUGUGCACCUCCAGCUGGCCUUGAAUUUCACUGCCCACGUGGCCUACCGCAAGGGCAUCAUCUUGUUUGUGAGCCGCAACCGACAAUUCUCACACCUGAUCGAGAACACGGCCCGUGACUGUGGGGAGUAUGCCCACACCCGCUACUUCAAGGGCGGCCUGCUGACCAAUGCACCCCUCCUCUUCGGCCCCACUGUCCGCCUGCCAGACCUCAUCAUUUUCCUGCAUACACUCAAUAAUGUCUUCGAGCCCCAUGUUGCUGUGAGAGAUGCGGCCAAGAUGAACAUCCCCACCGUGGGAAUCGUGGACACCAACUGCAACCCCUGCCUCAUCACCUACCCCAUCCCUGCCAAUGAUGACUCUCCCCCAGCCGUGCAGCUCUUCUGUAGGCUCUUCCGGACGGCCAUCACUCGGGCCAAGGACAAGCGGAGUCAGGUUGAGGCCCUAUACCGACUGCAGGGCCAGCAGGAGGCCAAGGGUAGAGGGCCAGAUCAACUCAGAGGCCUAGGGCCAGUAUGAGCCUCUCUCCUCCCAGACCAAAGCACAGCCACACCUGUCUGUGCUGGGAGUUCUUCACCAGCCCUGGUCCACAAUAUUCUUGGUCCCUUUGGGCAUCUGGGUCCUUGUGAUCAGUGACAGCACUCAGCUGUUUUCCCACUGCAGCCAUCCAAGGUUCCACUUCAGACCCAGGGCCAAGGUGGCUGUUUGUAUUUUUUCUGUGAGGAACAGACUGCAGAGGGCAGGAGACAUGCCCCAAACCGCUGCUUUCCUACAGAUGUGACUUGGAGCUGGCCUCCCUGACACUAGGGAGGUUUGCUUCUCAGCUUAAGGCUUGUCCUUAGUCCAAAUGUACGGGGAUUGGGCUGCAUUCCUGCCUAGUUCCUGGUUGUCAUAGCAAGCAAACCCCUCAGAAGCUCCAGCUGAGUUGGGACAGGCCAGGGCAGACAGGUGGUGUGAUUCCAGCAGAAAUAAAACAGAUUUGGACAAAA